UUUUCGUUUUGAGUCUUUUGGCCAGUGUCGUGUGCCGUAUAUUGGUUGUCUAGAAACCGGUCUAACAACGCGACAGGUGCAGAGCUGUUCAGAGUUAGACUUAUGUUUAGAUCUGCAAAAUACAAAAAGUACCUCUUAUGAUGAACCAGGAACUGAGUGAUGAAGCACUGCAAGACCUCUACUCUUGGAUCGAUGAAAUCAAACUCUCCAGACCUAAAAGAAAUAUCUCACGCGACUUCAGUGAUGGAGUUAUGGCUGCUGAACUUGUGAAGCACUUCUUCCCCAAGCUGGUGGACCUACACAACUACACACCUGCACACUCCACCCAACAGAAAUUGAGUAACUGGAGCAUGCUAAACAGGAAGGUUUUCUUCAGGCUGAAUUUCCAUGUACCAGAUGACACGGUAAAGAAGAUCACACUCAGCAACCCGGGCAGCAUUGAGCCGGUUCUUUGUGCUCUCAGACAGAAAAUAGAGGAAAGAAAAGCAAGGACAGUUUCAUACUGCACAAAGGAUUUAGAAUGCUUCACCACUGAGAAUGAAAAUGCAAUGACAGAAAAUGGCCCAGUCACACUUGAGAACUCAAACAAGAAAGCAGGUCCGAUAAAAAAGACCCAGAAAUCUAACCCUCCUGUAGUGCUAGGUGAAAAUGUAGACCCAGCCUUCCGCUUGCUGUUGGAGGAGAAGGAACAGGCUUUGCAGGCUUUACAGGAGACUGUAGAGGUGGGAUAUAAUGAGUGCAUGUUACUUGGGACCAGAUGCUCAGUGGACCACAUGCAUUUACUGCAGGUAUCAAUGGAAAAAAUUUUACAGACAAAAGUGAGCCGUCUGGAGCAUCUGGUUCAUCUGAAGGACCUGCGCAUUGAGGACCUGACUAAGCACUUGGAGAACCUCAACCCAUCGGCCUCACACAGUGGGAUGUCUCAGACUGACUCAGACUGGAAGAACAAGCAGCCUGAGAAUGUGGGAACGGAGACUUUGUAGCUCGAGCAGCAGUAAAGCUCAGUGAGUCACAGCCUCAAGCAAUUUUUCAGCUCGUCCACUACUCUAAAGACUGAACAAAGCCUGCAAUGUGUGACAAAUGUGUGAAUACUGACAUACAGGGCAGCAAAUCAGUUUGAGGAAUGUGUCUAUCUGUAUGUUGAUGUAUAUUUCACCACCUUGUGUCUGCCUUAGCUGAUUAAUACGAGCACUAACACUUCACUCUAACUUUAAUUCAGCUAAAAUUCUCAUGUUAUAUAUUAUAACUAUAAAACAUUAACACAGUACAGUGACAUCAGUGAGAAAGAAGCUCGUCCAGGAAGCAUCGUUAAAACACUGCACUUGCUUUUUUAUAGCACACUCUAGCUCAGAAAUAAACCAGCAGGAGUUACAAAUCUGUGAACAUAAGUCCAUAGUGCUGAUAUAGCACAUGCUGUUAAAAACAAAUAAACAGCACAUUCCUGCACAUAAAUACAACAAUUAAUGUAACAGAAUAAGGACAUUAAAAGUAUAAGGAUGCUAUAGGGCUAACAUAUGCAAAUUACAGCUUACUUAGCAGACGUACAGCAUCAAUUAAUUAGCAAAAUAUUAGCUGUUAAACAAAUGUUUUUGAUUUUUGAUCUAAUAAAGUCAUGCAGGGACAGGAAAUGGUAGCAUUUCCUGGUGACUCAUUCUGGGCUUGUGAAACACCAUCCAUACUCAAGCUAAGACUAAAUGUAGAAAGCCACAAGCCAAAAUGAUGAGUACUUUUUGGGUGGGUCACCCAUCCCAGGUUAAUUCACAAACAUUUAUGAGCAUUUGAAAGCAAGAGAACAUUGUGCCAUGCCUGAGAGCUAAACAAGCAUACAGGGUACAAGAAUAAUCAAAUUCUAGCCAGAGAGAACUUUUCAGAUAUACAAAAUGUUCAGUGAGUCAUUCAAAUAGUGUUAGUGUAGUGGAAAAUAUAUGGAAAAGUAUGAUUCUGAGACACCAGAUUCUGUUUCUCAGCCAUGUGAGAGAUCAGGAUAUAAAUGAUGACCGUGCUGAGUAAAACUUUCUUUAAUGUUUACUGAGUGACACUCAAAAGAAGAAUGAAUAGAGAGUAAUAAAUGUAAUAGAACCCACUUGUUGGCUGAAUAAAAUGAAAUAAAUUCUUACACACAGGGAAAGUAUUUUCACUCAGUUAAUUCUGUGUAAGAUUCCCCCCAUGCUGCCACUAUACACUAAUGAGGCCAUGAAGUGAAGAAGACAGGGAGCCACAGCACAGUGGGGGGUCAAACAACAGUCUGGAUGUGUGUUGUUGAUUGUGUAUGUGUCGUAUCAAGCAGUGGGUUAUGAAUCCUCUCGCCAGCAAUAAACAAGCCAUUGAAAGUAAUAAAU